AUGUCUGCAACAGGAUUAACUCUUCAAGAAAGACUUGCUAGAAGUGGUAUUCCACCUGCAGAAAUUAUUGAGGAUGUUGAAGAGUUUCUUUCAAAAAAUAAAGAUAUAAAAGCAGAAGAUGCUCAUCAAAAACUUCAAAAUGAUUAUAGAAAAUAUAAGAUACUAGAAAGUGAGAUGAAAGCUUUGAAGGAGAAAAUUACUGAAAAUCUUCCUGAUUAUGAACAGGCUAAACAAGUUAUUAAUUUUUUAAAGAUGAAAAAAGCUAAUAACGAAACAUUGAAAACAAGUUAUAAGUUGACAGAUGAAGUUUACCAACACGCCGAAGUUGAAGAUUUGGAUUCAUUUGUUCUUUAUAUGGGUGCAUAUGUGAUGGUUGAAUAUCCACUUGAUGAAGGAGAAGAAUUUAUAAAUAAAAAUAUUGCUGCCAUCAAUCAAAGAAUUUCUGAGAUUGAUGAAGAAUUGGAGUAUAUUUUAAAUCAAAUAACUAUUGUUGAAGUAAGUACUGCUCAUUUUAUCAACUAUAUGAUAUCAUCUAACAAGGCCAAAAGCACAGCGUAA